UAUAACUCUGUCUGUCUCCAGGAUCGUGCAGAGAGCAUUGUCCUGAAAGUGCUCAUCUCUUUCAAAGCCAAUGAUAUUGAAAAAGCUGUGCAAUCUUUGGAUAAAAAUGGAGUUGAUCUAUUAAUGAAAUAUAUCUACAAAGGUUUUGAGAAUCCCUCUGAUAACAGCAGCGCCGUCUUGCUGCAGUGGCAUGAAAAGGCUCUUGCUGCAGGAGGUGUAGGCUCCAUUGUCCGCGUCUUAACUGCCAGGAAAACAGUUUAAAGUCCAGCGAAAAAAAUCUGCCACGUGUGUGGGAAACGCUGGGUACAAGACCAAAAAGAAAAAAAAAAAAGAAACCGAUUGCCAUCACUGCCCUGUGGGUAGUAUCUGUCUGUCUCGGCUUGCCUUUUUUGCUUUUUCAUAAUCUGUGGCUUACUAGACAUAUCAAACUUUUUGUGAAAUGUUGGAUAAAUGU